CUUCGAGCACAUCCACAUCAUAAUUUGCAUAUAUAUGAUGUAACCAUGUAACAGAAUUCAAGCUCGGAGUACGGCUUUUGGAUUCAGAAAUAUAAAGGGGUGAACUUUGAUUCUGAGUCCUACCAAUUAGACUAUCUUGCUCUAUAGUCACCUCUCUGAGCCUUAACUUUCGUAUUUGUGUGAUGGGCAUAAUAGCACCUAUCUCACAGGAUUAAAUAAUAAUAUAAUACAAUGGAAGGGUCUAGCAUGUCUUACACAUAGUACAUUCUCAAUAUAUAUUGGUUUCCUGGUUUUUUAUUAUCUCACUACCCCUCUUAUAUUUUCAUUUGAGUUUUGUUGUCUACUGUGCCUUGAUCACUAGGCUAAAUUCAAGCUGACUGCAAUGGAGAAUAGCACAGAAGUGACAGAGUUUGUCCUCGUGGGAUUAACAGAUGACCCCAAUCUUCAGGUUCCCCUCUUUUAAAUAUUUUUACUCAUCUACCUCAUCACCCUGGUUGGGAAUGGGGGGAGGAUGGCGAUCAUCCAGUCAGACUCCCGUCUCCACGCACCAAUGUACUUCCUCCUCAGCAACCUCUCCUUCGUAGAUCUGGGUUAUUCGUCAGCCGUCGCUCCCAAGAUGGUGGCCGCAUUGCCGUCGGGGAACAAGGUCAUCUCCUACAAUGGAUGUGCAGCUCAGUUCUUCUUCUUCGUGGGGUUUGCCACCGUCGAGUGCUAUCUCCUGGCUCCCAUGGCCUACGACUGCCGCACAGCGGUGUGUAGGCCUCUCCAUCACACCACCGCCAUGACAGCGGGUGUGCACGCCCUCCCGACUUCCGGUUCCUAUGUCUGCGGCUUCCUCCAUGCCUCUGUCCCUGCAGCAGACACCUUCAGACUCUCCUUCUGUGCUUCGAAUGAGAUUAAUCAUUUUUUUUCUGUGGCAUCCCCCCCACUUCUGGCUCUCUCGUGCUCCGAUACACACAUCAGCAAGUUGGUUGUCUUCUUUGUCGUGGGCGUCAAUGUCUUCUUCACCCUCCUGGUCAUCCUCGUUUCUUACAUCUUCAGAUACAUUGCCAUUCAAAGAAUGCGUUCGGCCGAAGCAGGGAAGAAAGCUUUCUCCACCUGUGGGUCCCACCUCACCACAGUGUCCAUCUUCUAUGGCACCAUCAUCUUCAUGUACUCACAGCCCAGCUCCGGCCAGUCCAUGGACACAGUCAAAAUAGCAUCUGUGCUUUACACGGUGGUGACCCCCAUGCUGAAUCCCUUGAUCUACAGCCUUAGGAACAAGGGAGUUAAAAGUUCUCUCUGGAAAAUGCUCAACAAACUUUACCUUCAAUCUUUAAAUAGAAGUAGGAAGUAGGCAAGUAACUAAGAGAUCAACCUUUUUUCAGACCUAACUGCCAUCGUGACUUUUGAGGUUUGGCAGAUUUUAGUUCUUUCUUCCCCUGGAACAGUGGAUACUUCUGCUAUUAGGAGAAGGUGCAAAAACUGGCACCUUGAAAUGUCUUACUCAGGAAGAUAAUCUUAUAUUUAAUGAAUCACAACCUAAGACGUUUAAACUUUUCUUGCAUUAGUUUCUUGAUAUGGUUUAAAGCAGAAGAUAGAAGUGUUUAACUGAAUGUGCUGAAUUUUCCUCUCUUUAUUUUUAAUGGUAAGAAAUUCCCAUUUGCUAUUUAAUUUGGCAUAAGGAUCUCAUCUUCAUUUAUAAUAUUUAUCAACUGAAUGCAGGGUAUUAUGUUGCUCAUUUCUUUGUUCUGUGAGUUUGAAAGUUAGAGUUUCUAAUGCGGAUGAAAGAUGUUUCAAUCUUUUCAAUAAUGUUUCACAGAAGGUCAUAAUUUAAAGGACAGGGCACUGGAUCAAGAAUUAGGUGGCCCAGAAUUAAAUCUUUUCCCCUCCCUACCCUUCUAUUCCUACCCACAUUCCCACCCUUCCUCAUUGGUCAUGCACCCUUUUGCUAAAGUGCUGAGAUGACUUUGCUAGGAAACAAUAAGCCACCUUGUAUGCAGAAGUAUGGAAUAGUCUCAGUAGAUAAAUUGUUUAAACUUUGACCUGAAUAAAUAUACCUUCCUUUAAAGAGUCUGCUCUCUCUUCUAUGAUUUUGGCCUCUUUCUAACAUAAUUACCAAAACAUGCAGAAGGUUUAGAGAAAAAAAAACAAUUUUCCCAAGGGCUGUGAAAGGAGAUAUUUGUCUUCAGAAUUAAAUGCUUGCAUUUCUCAGCACCCUCAAGUUUGGCGGAUCUAUUAUGAAUAUGGGCAAUAGC